GUGACUAAGUGCAGUGAGAGACACUGACAUGCACACAUCUAGUCUAAGCCAGCAGUAGACUAACCAAGGCGUAUAGCGACAGGCUGCUGUUUACUGUUCCCGACGGUAUGGUGCGUAGCUCCAACACAAUCGACAAGGACAGGAGGGGAACCGCUUUGACACGCCAGAAAUACUAUACAAAGUAGAUGCAAACGGUACUCACCUUUUGAGGAAGAAGACACAUUCAAGAAUAAAGGACAAAACACUGGAUGCUAGUUUGAAAAUACCUUGGCUCCGCAAAUACAACCAUGGAGCACCCGAGAAAGGACAUUGAUCGCGGAUAUGCAUGGGUGGUUUGUGUCGCUUGCUUUGCUAUGCAGGUGCUCUGUGGUGCUCUAAACUCCUCUCCUGGGGUCAUUACACCGGCCAUUCUGGAUGAGGUUGAUGGCGAUUUGGUCAAAGUAUCGUGGGUAGGGUCAACAUUGCUUGGCACGUACUCAAUGAGUGGACCAUUGGCAGGAAUUAUUCAAGGCAAAAUUGGAAACCGAUGGACAGGUGUUCUGGCUGGUAUACUGAUGUUUGUAGGACUGACAGCUGCAUCCUUUUGUAGGACUGUCACUGGUUUGAUCCUUACAUUUGGAGUCAUAGCAGGUUUAGGUUCUGGUCUGGCUGCUAAUGUGUGUGGCGUGGCUCCAAGCAACUACUUCAAUAAGAGACUCCAAGUAGCAUACGGUAUCUGCAUGUCUGGAGGUGCAGUAGGAAUGCUGGCAAUCGGACCAUUAACAGUUCAGCUGUUAGAGAUGUACACUUUAUCAGGCGCGUUGCUUAUUUUGGGUGCCAUUGUAUUCAAUGUGUGCUUAGCUGGAGCUCUAAUUCGACCAUCGUCCACACCGAUGCAAGAGGGGUCAAUGUCAAUAGAUCUUGCCCGCCCAGAAGGCACAGAGGAGAUUUGUGAUGCACAAGGAGAGCCUGCAAUGAAAAUGCAAUCACAAUAUCAUGUUUCAACUGUAGAAAAUACGAUCGCCAAAUUUGAACAACAUGACGAGAACCAUUGUUCUCCAGCUGAUUUGCCUCGGAUUGUUAAAGACAACAGUCCUGGGAAAGGUAAUGAAACGGCAGAAUCUCAGCUUGAACACAGCUCGCAUGUAACAACUGAAAACUCACGGAGUAGGAUAUUACCUCAAUGUGUAUCCUUGUUCUGCACAAAUGGAUUUUUCUUGUAUCUGCUCAGUAUCAUUUUCUGGUCUCUUGGGGAUGCAGUCUGCAUGGUUCAUUUACCAAAUUUUGCUGAAGUGAAAGGCAGUACACCUGCUCAGUCUGCCAGUUUGUUCACUGUCAUGGGUGUGCCUGCGCUUUGUUCCGGACUGCUGGCUGGUUUUGCCUCUUCUGAUCCAGUUAUUGGAAACAUUAUCCUUCACGUUGGACUACUAGGAAUGUCAGGGGUGUCCCUUCUGCUACUCCCCGUGCUCUCAAAUACGUACAGUCUCCAAAUGAUUUUCAGUGUCCUGUAUGGUACAUACAGUCAGGGACCUUUUACAUUGGUUAGUCCUAUAUGCAUUGAGCUGAUAGGCCGAUCUCAAUUGGCCAUUGGCUUUGGUGUAUGUUCCUUUUCCUUUGGACUCGGCUACACGGUCGGACCACCCAUUGCAAGUCUUAUCUAUCAAAGUACUGGAGUGUAUGAGUAUUCGUUUCUUUUCUCAGGUGCCUGCUUCAUCACUAGUGCCAUCCUCGCCUUGUGUAUUCCAUUGGCCAAGAAGUCAACAUAAGUAGACAUUGAAAUCUUUGGUGGUUUGGAUGGGGA